GUUUUAAACACACACAUGAGAAUCCAUACAGGAGAGAAGCCUUUCUGUUGUGAUCUAUGUGGACAAAGCUUUAGUCAAAAACCACCUUUAAACAGACACAUGAGAAUCCAUACAGGACAGAAGCCUUUCUGUUGUGAUCUAUGUGGAAAAAGAUUUAGACACAAAUCUAGUUUAAACAAACACAUGAGAAUCCAUACAGGACAGAAGGCUUACUGUUGUGAUCUAUGUGGACAAAGCUUUAGUCGAAAAGGAACGUUAAACAUACACAUGAAAAUCCAUACAGGACAGAAGCCUUUCUGUUGUGAUCUAUGUGGACAAAGCUUUAGUCUAAAAGGAAAUUUAAACAGACACAUGAGAAUCCAUACAGGACAGAAGCCUUUCUGUUGUGAUCUAUGUGAACAAAGCUUUAGUCAAAAAUCAUAUUUAAACACACACAUGAAAAUCCAUACAGGAAGGAAGCCUUUCUGUUGUGAUCUAUGUGGAAAGAGAUUUAGAGACAAAUCUAGUUUAAAGAUACACAUGCAAAUCCAUACAGGACAGAAGCCUUUCUGUUGUGAUCUAUGUGGACAAAGAUUUAGCCACAAAUCAAAUUUAAACUUGCAUAUGAGAAUCCAUACCGGACAGAAGACUUUCUGUUGUGAUCUAUGUGGACAAAGAUUUAGCCACAAAUCAAGUUUAAACACACACAUGAGAAUCCAUACAGGACAGAAGCCUUUCUGUUGUGAUCUAUGUGGUAAAAGAUUUAGACACAAAUCUAGUUUAAACACACACAUGAUAAUCCAUACAGGACAGAAGCCUUUCUAUUGUGAUCUAUGUGGUAAAAGAUUUAGACACAAAUCUAGUUUAAACAUACACAAAAUUGACCAUACAAUGCAUGACAAGGCAAGCUUUUUUGUAUAGCACAUUUCAGUACAUGGACAAUGCAAAGGGCUUUAAAUGAAUAAAUGUAGGAAAAUAAAAGCAGAAACAAAUUGGACUACAAAGAACACUAUCUCUCUGAGCUGAAACACUUUUCAGACUCUGGAUAUAAGAAAUGUUCUAUAAGAAGGAAUGUAAGAAAGGCCAGACAGGAGAGAAGCUUUUCUGUUGUGAUCUAUGUGGAAAAAGAUUUAGCUGCAAAUUAAUGUUAAACAGUCACAUGAAAAUCCAAACAGGACAGAAGCCUUUCUAUUGUGAUCUGUGUGGACAAAGAUUUAACAAAAAAGGAACUUUAAAGACACAAAGGAAAAUCCACACUGGACAGGAGAAUUUUUCUUGUUGGUCUAUGUGGACAAAGAUCUAGCCACAAAUCUAAUUUAAACAGACACAUGAAAAACCAUACCAAGUUUUAUGUAUAGCACAUUUCAGUACAAACACAACGCAAGUGAAACUAAGAGGAAAUAUUAAUGAUUUUAUAAACAAUUGGACUUCAAAUUUAAACUAAUAGCAGUGAUGACCGGCUGAAAGAGUAGAGUUGAAGCGUGGAUAUAAUCCAUCAAUCCACGCGUUAUAGCCACCCACUGUGUCCUGCAUCAUCAGGCACUAGCUUCCAAAGACAUGGACCCAGAUCUUCUGUUCUGAACACAGCUAUCACUGCAGUUAACUUUGUGAAAUCCAGAGCUUUGCAAUCACGGCUUUUAGGUCAACUUUUCCCCAAAUCUGGAUGCUGAACAUGACACUGCUUUAUCACCUGGAGGUGUGAUGGUUGUCUCGUGGGAAAGUGUUGCAGAGUCUUUGAGCUCGUUUACAAGUGGAAGAUGAUCUUAGAGUUUGUCAUCCAUGCCUCCAAGAAUAAACUGUGUGGAGAGAGACAGUCUCAUCCUUCACACUAAUUGUCCAGUGUUUAUUGAUAUCAUUGAUGAGUGACUUGACUGUGUGUAACAAAGCCUAAAGCAGAUAUUCAUAAGAAUGUUUUUGGUUUUCUACCAACAGUUUAAGAUGUUUGUUGUGCUAAAGCUGAACAAUUUAAGAGUCUUUAAUCUGAUAAAUGGACCAAAUAGGAUUCACUGGAUUUUCUUUCAGUCUUCUCAAAACUUAUUUUCUUGGAAGCUUGAAUUUGUUAUAUGUGAAGAAAACAUCCUGUGAAAGUAUACCUUGAAUAAAUGUCUUCUGAAUA